GGUGGCACGUCCUUUGCGAUUCCAUCUCUCUCUCUCUCUCUCUCUCUCUCUCUCUCUUUCUCGCGUAACCCGAAACCGCGUUCACAUUCUCUGUCAAUCGAGUUCAGCGUGUUCGUAUUGUCUUCCUCCUCCAGAAUGGCACAGAAGGUGGUGUUGAAGAUCAUGACCAUGACGGACGACAAGACGAAGCAGAAAGCCGUAGAAGCAGCAGCCGACAUAUACGGGGUGGAUUCGAUAGCGGCGGAUACCAAGGAGCAGAAGCUGACGGUGAUAGGGCAAAUGGACACAGUGGCGGUGGUGAAGAAACUGAAGAAAGUCGGGAAAGUGGACAUAAUUUCGGUCGGGCCGGCCAAGGAAGAGAAGAAGGAAGAGAAGAAGGAAGAGAAGAAGGACGAGAAGAAAGAGGAAAAGAAGGACGACAAGAAAGCCGACAAGAAAUGAGCGAGUCCUUAGUACUUCCAAGCGCCUUCUUAGCACUCUGUAUUACUCUAUUAAGCAUAGGAUUGCUCUGAGAAUUUUCCUUUCCUUUUGUUCGGUUUCGGCCAUGCAGAAGCAGACGGAUAGGAUUAGCAUGUAGCGGCAGGCCUGAGUAAGGAAGCAUUAUACAUAUAUUUAUGGGGUUUUUACUUGUAAUCCGAUAUUGGGUAUGUUUCUUUCCUUUAGUUUUCUUGUGAAAUCGUCGUUGGUGACGUAAAUAACCAGCGCACGUAUCUGAUA